UGGGAGGAGCCGCGCGGUUCCGGCUGUCCGGACGAGCGACCCUUAGGUCCGCGCCGCGGGCGGGUGGACAGGUAGGCGAGCGGGCGGCCGAGCCGCUGAGAGAGGCUUGGGUAGCGGAGUCCCCCCGCGGCGCCCGGCGCGCCCCCCGCACCCUCGGCCUCGGGCGUUGAGGCGGGGGAGUAAGGAGAUGCCGACCCAGAGGGACAGCAGUACCAUGUCUCACCCGAUCGCAGGCGGCGGCAGCGGGGACCAUUCUCAUCAGGUCCGGGUGAAAGCCUACUACCGCGGGGAUAUCAUGAUAACACAUUUUGAACCUUCAAUCUCCUUUGAGGGCCUUUGCAGUGAGGUUCGAGACAUGUGUUCUUUUGACAACGAACAGCUCUUCACCAUGAAAUGGAUAGAUGAGGAAGGAGACCCAUGUACAGUAUCAUCUCAGUUGGAAUUAGAAGAAGCUUUUAGACUUUAUGAACUAAACAAGGACUCUGAGCUCUUGAUUCAUGUAUUUCCUUGUGUACCAGAACGUCCUGGAAUGCCCUGUCCAGGAGAAGAUAAAUCCAUCUACCGCAGAGGUGCACGCCGCUGGAGAAAACUUUAUUGUGCAAAUGGUCACACUUUUCAAGCCAAGCGUUUUAACAGGCGUGCUCACUGUGCCAUCUGCACAGACCGAAUAUGGGGACUUGGACGCCAGGGAUAUAAGUGCAUCAACUGCAAACUCCUGGUUCAUAAGAAGUGCCACAAGCUUGUCACAAUUGAAUGUGGGCGGCAUUCUUUGCAAACAGAACCACUCAUGACCAUAGAUCAGUCAUCCAUGCAUUCAGAACAUGCACAGACAGUAAUUCCAUAUAAUCCUUCAAGUCAUGAGAGUUUGGACCAAGUUGGUGAAGAAAAAGAGGCAAUGAACACAAGGGAAAGUGGCAAAGCUUCCUCCAGUUUAGGUCUUCAGGAUUUUGAUUUACUCCGGGUAAUAGGAAGAGGAAGUUAUGCCAAAGUACUAUUGGUACGACUGAAAAAAACAGAUCGUAUUUAUGCAAUGAAAGUUGUGAAAAAAGAGCUUGUCAAUGAUGAUGAGGAUAUUGAUUGGGUACAGACAGAGAAGCAUGUUUUUGAGCAAGCUUCCAACCAUCCUUUUCUUGUUGGUCUGCAUUCUUGUUUUCAGACGGAAAGUAGAUUGUUCUUUGUUAUAGAGUAUGUUAAUGGAGGAGAUCUAAUGUUUCAUAUGCAGCGACAAAGAAAACUUCCUGAAGAACAUGCCAGAUUUUACUCUGCAGAAAUCAGUCUAGCAUUAAAUUACCUUCAUGAACGAGGGAUAAUUUAUAGAGAUUUGAAAUUGGACAAUGUAUUGCUGGACUCUGAAGGACACAUUAAACUUACUGACUACGGCAUGUGUAAGGAAGGAUUACGGCCAGGAGAUACAACCAGCACUUUCUGUGGUACUCCCAAUUACAUUGCUCCAGAAAUUUUAAGAGGAGAAGACUAUGGUUUCAGUGUUGACUGGUGGGCUCUUGGAGUACUAAUGUUUGAGAUGAUGGCAGGAAGGUCUCCAUUUGAUAUUGUUGGGAGCUCUGAUAAUCCUGAUCAAAACACAGAGGAUUAUCUCUUCCAAGUUAUUUUGGAAAAACAAAUUCGCAUACCACGUUCUCUGUCUGUAAAAGCUGCAAGUGUCCUGAAGAGUUUUCUCAACAAGGACCCAAAGGAACGGUUGGGUUGUCAUCCUCAAACAGGAUUUGCUGAUAUUCAGGGGCACCCAUUUUUCCGAAAUGUUGAUUGGGAUAUGAUGGAGCAAAAGCAGGUGGUACCUCCCUUUAAACCAAAUAUCUCUGGGGAAUUUGGUUUGGACAACUUUGAUUCUCAGUUUACUAAUGAACCUGUCCAGCUCACUCCAGAUGAUGAUGACAUUGUGAGGAAGAUUGAUCAGUCUGAAUUUGAAGGUUUUGAGUAUAUCAAUCCUCUUUUGAUGUCUGCAGAAGAAUGUGUCUGAUCCUCAUUUCUCAACUUUGCAUUUUGCUGUGUUGCUCUUUAAUGCAUGGAUAAAGUUUCCAGCCUGGAUACAGUGAACCAUUUUAUAUUUGCCAUCGACCAAAAAGCACUCAUUAUUAUCUUCUGUUGUUGACAAAUGAGUCAAUUAUACAUUUGCAUUUAACUAUGAAAAAAAAUUGAAAACUAGUUUCCAGACAACUGUGUCAAAAUUUAGUUACACUGGUAAUCCAGCAGCCUACUGAUGAGUAACGAAAGUGUCUCUUUCAUUUAAAAGAAAUUCUUACCACUGCUUAAAAAAAGGUAUCUGAUGCAUUAAGUGGGAUUACAUCAUAAGCCUCAUGAUUUUUUUAUUCUUUGGUAAGUCAUUUAAGUAAAUUAAGUCAUUUCAUUGGCUUUUAAUUUUGGAAUAAAAGAUUAAUUCAAAGUACAACAACUUGUUUUAUCAAUUAUAGUUUAAGUUCUUUGUGUUUAAAAACUCAGCAAUAAUUUUUUAUUGUCUUGAAUCGUUAAAUUAAUGGUUUUUAAGACAACACUUAUUGGUACUAAAAGGUAUUGUUUCCUUGGAAUUAAGAAAUGCAGAUUCCCUUUGAGGAAAAGCACAGGCUUUUGUUUGUUUUUUAAAUAGCUUUUAAAUCAUCAGCUGAUUUUGAAAAACUGAUAUGAUUUAUGUGUAUAUUAAAGGGUUAGCUUCUGAGUUUGUCAUUUUAGCCAGAACUUUAACUAGGGUAAUGAUAAAUGUAGUCCAGAGAACCCAGGCUGUUGAAUAGAACAUUUCUCAGUAGAUAGAAAGGAAAAAAUAGAAUUUUGAAAUAGAUACAGGAAAAUGAAAUGGUAAUAUUUAUUUCCUUAGUGGAAACUUGACAGUCGCUUUUGUGAUUUGACUUAAAUAGUAAGGAAGCAUUUACUUGUUUUCAAACUUAUAAGCUCAUUCCAGUUAUCCAGUAGAGACAGAAGGUAUAUUUUUUUCCCUUAAAAUUUAGUGUACAAGAAAAUAAUUUAUCUUCCAAAUAUUGUCUUAAUAAACUCACUUCUUUCCCAAAGCUAUGCUAUCCAUGUUUUUGGACCCUGUUUGUGGGUUUUUCAGUGAAAUCCAAGAAAAAUAAUAAACAUGAAUAAAUGUUCAGGACACACACAUGUACCCAUAGACAUCAUAGUUCUAGCUCCUUAUGUGAGUUUUUAAGUAAAUAACAUAUGUAAUGCAGAAUGGAAUACAUUUCAGGGGCAGAGUUCUUCAGAUUAUUUUUUAUUAAUAUUAAUGUUUAGCAAUUUAUUAUUUAAAUAUAUCAGAGAUAGCAUCCUUUUUUAAAUAUUUUUUAUAAGAAAGGAUUUAACCAUGAUCAUUUAAAUUACAAUUAUCCAAUCUUAGU